GCGCCCCCCGCUGGCCGGGUCGGGCGGAGACUGGGGAUCGGGUGGGGCCACCGGCGUUUGCGCGGUGCCGCUUGGGUCCCUAAGCCAGUCGGUGAGGUGCGGGAAUGCGCACUCUCCCAGCGGCCUGGAGUCCUGCCCUCCCCGCGCAGGGCCCACGUUUUCCGAGAAUCCAAAGCGGCCUCCAGGUGUUAGCGCCGAGCGCUCCCGGCCGCACCCCGCGAGGGAAUCCUCCGCAGGCCGAGACUAGGGGCGCCGUCAGUCAGUAUUGGGGCUGCGCAGGCUCUGGCCCUGGCCCUGGCUGGGUGCCCAGUUCCCUGCAGCCUUGCACGCCGGCAGGCACGGCUCCCGGCUCGGGGUUUGCUGGCUGCCUUUCCCUAAUUGGGGUUCUCGGCCUCUCGGAGGCCCCGGCUGCGGACUGGGGCUUCCAGCGAGAGUCUGGGCCGCGGGGCUCGGGAUCCUUCCCGGGCUGGCAAGGUGCAUUGGACCGAGGGCGGGGCGAUGCGCCCGCGGCCCGGGUCGGACCAGCUGCGCCUACUUCCCGGGCAGGCUCAGUGGGAACCGUGCGCCUGGCGGCUCCACCCUUCUCCCGGGCCGCUGCCACGCCCUCCAGGACAUCUUGUAAAGGGAUUAGCACUUUUUUCCUUUGCUCCUCUUUCCCCGAGGGCCCCUGCUUACCCCUAAACUCAGAGUCGGGCGCCACCAGGUCCGGGGGAGCCCGGGGCACAGGCGGUCCCGGCAGUCAGCCUUCGAUUCCCGCCCCAUCCCCAUCCCCCUUUGUCCGCGGUGGAUGCGGUGCCCAUUCUCAACCCGCAGGGCCUGGGGCCGGGCCUCGGCCUCUUUUUCCCGUGGCAGCCUCAGGCCCUGUGGGGCAGGGAAGGGGCCCCGCGAUCUCCCAGGCAGGUCCGAGAGGGAUGUGUAGAUUCAUUCUCCUGUGGAGAACAGGUGGCCCCGAGAUCAGGCCCUUUUUUGCUCUUUGUAUUUUAUUUUGAAACUGUAUUUAAUGCUUUUAUAUGAAAGGGGGAGGGGCAGGGACAGAGGACCCAGUCACCCUUAUGUGCAAAUGUCUUAUUUAUUAUGCGUGUAUCAGAGAUAAGCUGUGAGAGGUGGUGGAGGGAGGACCUGAAGGAAGGAGGAGCGAGGGCAGAGGCCGGGACAGGAGGACCCCAACUAGCUGUGCUGAUGUUACUCUUGCUGGGAGACUCCGGGCCCUACUGUCUGCUCUUCACAAAGCCGGGCUGCUGCAGGGACAGUUCCCUCGGUCCUAAAGUCGGGGCGGGGAGGCUAGUGGGUGGAACUUGAGGGUUAGGUCUGGAGGAAGAGAUGCCCUGGCACGGGGGGCCAACCCCUGCCUGGGGGUGGAAAAGCAAAGGGCAAAGAGGAGGCCCCUCCUCUCACCCCUGAACCCCAGGCCAGAACCCAAGGUUCAAGUGCCUCAGGCCCAGUCCCCUUGACUCUUCCUGUUUUGGAGUUGGAUUUUAUACCAUGGAUUUUAUAGCAUUUUUAUAUAAUUCAAGAUUGUCAGAAUUGGAAAGGGCCCUGGAGAUCACUAGUACCACCCUCCUCCCCUUCACAGAUAGGUAAAUUGGAGCCCAGGAACCCAGAUGAUUACACAGCCAGGUGGGGACAGCAGAAGAACUAGAAUGAAAAUUCUAGCUCCCGACUCAGUGUUCUUUACACAAUACCAGGCUGCUUUCCAAUUCACUGGUUAUUAAAAUUUGUCAGGCCUGCCGAAGGAUUGACAUGCUGGGCUGCAGGCCACCACAGUGGAUAUGUGACUCCUGAAGGUGGCAAAGCCCUGCACACUGCUUUGGGAUGAGCACGCUGAGCUCUGCAGGGCCUCAGCUGGAAGGCGCGGUGGGCUCGGCCUUCCUCUCCCCAGCAGAACUGGAGGUGGGACGCUGCCACCGGGCCCAAGGCCUCCUCGGCAGGGGGCUUUGUGCUGUUUGUUGUGGAGGCCACCAGGGAUUCAGGAAGAUCCUGAAUGGGUUGUCAGUUGACUAAAAAGUAAAUUCCCAGUGAGUUUGAACCUCCAGGGUUUUUGGGACAGUAUUAAAAGCUUGAGAACGGAGAUUAUGGAUGGCACCUGGCUGUGCACUGCCAUUCUUUUACUUUCCUUCAUGUAUUUUUUCGGAUCCAGAGUAUUAACACCCUCAAUAUUACUAUGCCUGCUCAAAAACAGUAGGUAAAUUGGGGCAACCAAUUUAUAAUCACUCAAGCCCACUGCCAAAGUUCAGAUAAGCCAGGGCGGAGCAGUUAGAGGUUUCCCCCACUCCAUAGGCAGGGAGAGGCCUCAGGAGGAGAGUGGACAUGUUUACUGAGACAGCCCCAAACACACCAGCUCAAAGUGUGUCUCUCAGAGCAGUAGCAUCAACCUUAGGAAUCUGCUAGAAAUAAAAAUUCUUGGGCCAUACCCGAGGGUUACUGAAUCAGAAACUUGGUUGGGGCCUAGCAGUCUGUUUUCAUGAGCCCUUCACUGAUCUUAAUGCAGCUGAAGUGCUGGGCACCCAUGAUGGGGAAGGGCUGUGGUCGUGAUUCCGGUGAUUUCUGCUUUGAUGGAAGUUAAGGCCUCACAGGUUAGAGGCUGCGAAUUGGCCUUCUUGCCUAGGUGUGCCUCCUUGCCUUGGGAUUCUGACAUGAACAGGUGAAGUCUCCAUGAUUUUUUUUUUUUUUUUUUUUUUGGUUAAUGGUAUGCUUGCUAUUAUGGCCAAUAUGUAAAUGUUAUUCUGAAUACAUAUUUAUAUACCAUGUUACUUAGUGACAUUAUUCAGACAUUUGUAUGCGUAUUUGUGAAGUUGUUUGCAUCAGUCAUUUAAAGAAUAUUUCAGCCUAAGUUUUCUAAGAGGUAUGUUGAAUACAUUUUUAAAAGCCAGCUUAAGGGUCACAGCAGCCUUAGUUUAGGAGAAGAGCUAAUCACAGGUGACCACUCAAGUUUUUUCAAUGAAGACCUGAUGAUGUAUUUAGUUCCCAUUUUCCAUGGUGAUUGACUCAAUUUAAGUGCAUUGUGGCUAUAUGUAAUUUACAGGCUGCUUUACGUUGCAGGUGGGGAAAUCUCCCAGGCUGGUGUGAGGCCGAUCUGGGAUAAAAGACCCCCUGACCCCUCCUCAUUCUUCUAAGGUCACCACCUCUUAGAGGGUCUCUUAUUUUCUUUCAGAGAUCAAAUGCACAGUUACUCUCUACAACUAAAUUCUGCAGUCUUGGGAAUCCUUACGAUUAUCAACUAUUAGUCACUUUUUAAAGCCCCCAAAGUGGAGUGAGGAUAGGGGGAGUGGAAGCAGUGUUUGGUUCUUACUUUACCCAAACUGUGUAUAAAGAAUAAAGUUAGCAGAAUGAUGCCACA